AUGCAUACCAACCUGAGGCUUAAGAAUGCAACUUUAAAUCCCGCAUCACCACCUGUCGCAUGGGCCGUGAGACAGAACGACUACGGUUCUGAUGAAAACCGGUCACCACUGGCGACGGUGAUACAAGAUCACGGCAGACUCGACGGUGUUCAGCGAGUACUGUUCGGUUCCGGACUCCAGUUUUGGUUGCAUCGGCUUCUGUUUCUCGACGCUUUGAGCUACUUGAGUCACGGACAAUUGAGCCUCAGCCUCGAGAGGUGGAUCCUUGUUGAUAUCGAUGAUAUCUUUGUCGGCGAAAGAGGGACUCGUCUCCACGAAGAAGAUGUAUCGGCGUUAUUGGCAUCUCAAGCCGCUCUGCAGCGACUGGUCACUGGCUUUCGGUUCAAUCUUGGCUUCAGCGCGAAAUACUAUCACCAUGGUACACCGCUGGAGAAUCGUGGUGAUGAUGCUUUAUUAAAGAACAGGGAACAUUUUACUUGGUUUUGUCACAUGUGGAACCACCAACAGCCACAUCUAUACAGCAACGUUACCCAGCUUGAGACCGAGAUGAUGCUGAACAAACAGUUCGCAAUAGAGCACGGCAUUCCGACCAAUUCGUGUUACUCGGUAUCGCCGCACCACUCCGGCGUGUAUCCGGUGCACGAGCCGCUUUACGAGGCCUGGCGGAAAGUGUGGGAUGUUAAAGUAACGAGCACCGAAGAGUACCCUCAUUUAAGGCCGGCCAGGUUACGACGGGGAUUCCGACAUCGAGGAGUCAUGGUUUUACCUCGCCAGACGUGCGGUCUGUUCACGCACACGCUGCUUUUAGAACGGUACCCCGGUGGCAGGCAGCGACUAGACCGUUCCAUACAAGGAGGGGAAUUGUUUCAGACUGUCAUUAAUAACCCUAUCAACAUCUUCAUGACACAUAUGUCGAACUACGGCAACGACCGGCUCGCGCUUUACACGUUUGAGUCGGUUGUGAAGUUCCUACGUUGCUGGACGAACGUACGACUGGCUUCAGCGCCGCCUCUCGCACUUGCCGACAAGUAUUUCCAACUUCGACCCGAUGAACUUAAUCCGCUCUGGGGGAACCCGUGCGACGACGUGCGGCACCGGCGCAUCUGGUCGCGCAGCAAGUGGUGCGGCUCGCUGCCGCGCGUGCUGGUGGUGGGGCCGCAGAAGACGGGCAGCACGGCGCUGCACACGUUCCUGGCGCUGCACCCCGCGCUCGCGCCCAACCUGCCCAGCCCCAGCACCUACGAGGAGCUCCAAUUCUUCAACAACAACAACUACUUAAAGGGAUUGGACUGGUACUUGAACUUUUUCCCGGCGAGCCUGAGUAACUCGAGCCAGAUUUCCUUCGAAAAAUCAGCGACGUACUUCGACGGUGAGCUGGUGCCAAGGCGUGCCCACGCACUUCUUCCUACUGCAAAAAUCAUUAUUAUUCUUAUUUCUCCCUCUAAAAGGGCGUAUUCGUGGUAUCAACACAUACGAUCGCACGGUGACCCCGUCGCUAAAAAUUACACUUUCCAUACCAUCAUUACUGCGAACGAUUCCGCCCCCAAGCCGCUUAAGGAUUUAAGGAACCGUUGCUUGAACCCGGGCAAGUACAGCCACCACCUGGAGCGCUGGCUGGCCGAGUACAGUGCGCACCAGCUACACGUGAUCGACGGCUCGCUGCUGCGCGCCGAGCCCGCCGCCGUCAUGAACACGCUGCAGAAGUUCCUCAAGCUCACGCCGCUCAUUGACUACAACAAGCUGCUCAAAUACGAUCCCAAAAAAGGCUUCUUCUGUCAAGUGACAAGCGGCGAGAAGACGAAGUGCUUGGGCAAAUCGAAGGGCCGAAUCUACCCGCCGAUGGAAGAGCGCUCGGCGAAGUUCCUGAAGCGCUAUUACACGCCGCACAACACGGCACUGUCGAAACUUCUAGUGAGAUUAGGCCGCCCCGUGCCCCAGUGGCUCAAGGACGAGCUGUCCAAUGGAUAG